CUGUUAUUUUAUACUGAGACAUUUGAUUUAUUUAUGUAACAGUGCUAUUCCAGCCACUUGUGUUCAUUAGAGUUUAUAGCUUGGGUAAGAGAUUGAUGAAUUGGAAGGAAGUGGUGUUAUCAUAACUUAAGAUGCCUCUGUAUUUGCUUGGAGAGACUGAGAAAAAGCAUAGACUACCUCAAUUAUGAUAGCUCAGUUGUAGUUCAAGAUUUUAAUCCAGAUCCACUGAAAUUGACGGAGGAACACUAAACAUUCAACUAUCAUGUUACAUAGAAUGCAUUUAGUAUUCCUCUUACUAGUAUAUGUUUUGCCUGUGUAGGAUUCUGGGGCCAAAUGUGCUGGUGUGUAGCUCAUUGGAAACUGCUCUUCAGAGACUGCAGGAGCCCCCACUUGCAGAAACUGUAGAGUCAGCAUGGAUUAUAGGGGGCAGUUCAGUAUACAAGGAAGCAAUGGCUUUACCUCAGUGCUCCCGUAUUUACCUGACAAAAAUCUUCAGGACUUUCAAAUGUGAUACAUACCUUCCCAGGGUUCCAGAAGACUCUUUCAAGCGUAUAAAAGAUCCAGAUGUCCCUGAUCAGGUGCAGGAAGAGAAUGGUCUCUUUUAUGAGUACCAGGUCUAUGAAAGGCAAGAAGAUGGCCCAUUAAAACAUGGAACUGAACUCUAGAAGGCAAAAAUAUUGCAUGUGUAGAAAAAGAGCAGCAGUUGCUUCAGAAUGAGAAGUAACAGGAAGAAGAGACACAGUAAAACUGGGAAAAGGAAUGAAGUGUAGGUUAUGAAGCAGGAGACUAAAUAAAAAUGUGUGCGUACAUGUAUAGUAUUGUCAUGUGUUAGUGACUAGACUUGGGGUUUGGAUUGGUAACUGGAUUUAUUGAACACUUAUAACUUGUAACUACAAGUAACUGAAACACUUUCACCGAUCUAUACACACUCUGUGGGUCACUACUUUAAACACCGAGUCUUCUGUCUUUCUUAGUCAGUGCUACGUGACAGAUGGUAACAGUGGGACUCAGGACCCUUAACUGCCAGCUCUGGUCUUUGCCGUCACAGUCAUUCCUGCCAGAAGUCAAAGUUACUUUACAACUGGCUGUUUACCACCAAUAAGUGCCUCUUGACGCCUAGCCCCUUGAGACUUAACGACCAGAGAUUUUUCAGCUGAACUAUCACAGUCAUAGUCCUUAUGUAACAUCCUCUUUGACGAGAAGCUGGGUGUGUCUCUUAUGAAUGUGCUUGGUCUUUUGUCAGUUGUACGUAUCACACGUAUAACAUGUUAUUGAAAAUUCUCCCUUUGCACUAUAUGCAAGUCCUCUGUCAGUCCAGGCUGUAACCGUUCUUCUUCACCUCCAGCUGUACGUUGUGCUCCACUUAUCCCUGACUUCUUGCCACUAUGUUGAUUGACACUCGUGGCUGCCUUUUCUUCGCAGAAAGCUUACACCACAUGUUGGUCACCACUCGAGACUGUCUUUUACCCGACUUUAUGGCACAUAUAAGUUCCUUUACAUGUAUGAUUAUUAGAUGUCCCACAAGUAGGGAGAGUUCUAGGAAGCUGGGUUUGACUUUCUAAUGGGUAGAGGUGAGUUCUCAUCUAGGGUCGUACGGGCCUGGCUCGAGCAGGGCAGGAAGAUCCUUAUGAUACAAUCACAUACACUUCAAGACUUUUGCACUUCCAUAAUUAUUUAAUUAACUUCAGCUCACUGAACACAAUGUAAACUCAAAUAGUUACACUUAUUUGGAUUGGGCUUGUAAUACUUCUAGUGAAGUGACAUAGUUGUGUUUUUGUGUCUGACUUGGCCAAAAGUUGAAUGUAGACUGCCUGAGGUAGAAUCAUCUCUCUCCGAACCCUGAGGUCCAUGAACCACAGACUCCAAGAGAAAUCCACUCCUCCAACAUGUGCCAUUGGUUUAGUUUGAAAACUAGGAGGUUCCCUAAAUUUGUGAAUUCCCAAUCAUGUUGCUUUGCUAUGUGAUUCUA